GUCACCGAUAAUUCAGAUUCUCAAGGACAAACCUAAUGACUAUUUGGGCGUGCAGCUUACGCAAGUUCCUCUUGAUCGGGAGAAACGUUCUACUUUGUUCCGUUGUUUCCAGAUACAAGCGAUUCAUUUCGAAUUUCGCUUAUCCUCCGUCUUCGGGGUUGAUGAAGCUCCCGUUAUUUGCUCUGGCAUUCCCUACUAUUCAGCUCAAUACGAUUGGUUUGGAACUUAAAGGCUUCAAAAACCCUGAUAUAUUCGAAUGCAUCCUAUCUAUGAACAACAAGUCUCUCUCCAGCAUUUUGAAGGGUAGUAAGGAGGCUGUAAAAGAUAGACAUUCUUUAGGAUGGACUCCACUAAUGCUUGCAGUGGUUACCAGGAAUUACGAGUAGUUUUUUCUCAUUAUCGUUUAAUGAACUGAAGGGCAGUGAAAGAAUUGUUGAAGUCUGGCUCAAAUCCUAAUGACGUUGACAAUUAUGCUGGUAUCGUAAGAACUGCACAUGAUUUGAGAAUGAUGUCUUCGGAAGUUGAGUGGAUACGGCUCACACAGUUUAGUGACUUUCUGAAUCCAUCGGCUGAUUUUCGUGGUUGUUCUGGACUUCACUAUGCUGUGUUAAUAAAUGACUCCAAAUUGGUUCGUUUAUUGCUGGAAUUUGGGGCUGAUCCGACUAUAGUGAACGAACGUGGUCACCGUCCAGCUAUGUACGCUAAAGACUCCUCUAUCAGGGAUUUACUAGCUGAGGCUGAGUCGAAGAAGGCAGAAGAAGUGGCUGCCAAAGAGCGAGAGGAAAGACGCCUUCAACCACUAGAAAAUCGUUUACGUAAAGUAAUUGUUGGUCAAGAAGCUGCUAUUCGCACUGUUAGUGCAGCUAUAAGACGUAAAGAAAAUGGUUGGUAUGAUGAAGAUCAUCCACUUGUAUUUCUGUUUCUCGGUUCAUCCGGUAUAGGCAAAACGGAGUUGGCUAAACAAGUAGCAGCAUACUUACAUAAAGACAUUAAAAAGGGCUUCAUACGUAUUGAUAUGUCGGAAUACCAAGAAAAACAUGAAGUGUCCAAAUUCAUCGGAUCACCACCGGGUUAUGUUGGUCAUGAAGAAGGUGGUCAGCUUACACGAGCUUUAGCUGCUUGUCCUAAUGCAGUUGUUUUGUUUGAUGAAACAGAGAAAGCUCAUCCAGAUGUUUUGACAGCUUUGUUACAGUUAUUUGAUGAAGGACGGUUAACAGAUGGGCGUGGCACUACAAUUAACUGUAAAGACGCUAUAUUCAUUAUGACAUCGAAUGUUGGAAGUCAAGUUAUAGCUGAACAUGCGCAACAACUACGAUACGUUUCCGGAAAUGAUGAAGCUGACAUUGAAAUAUCUCGAGACUUUAAAGAAAAAGUUAUGCGUCCGAUAUUAAGGAGACAUUUUCUUCGUGAUGAAUUUCUUGGUCGUAUUAAUGAAAUGGUUUACUUUUUACCAUUCUCAACAUCUGAACUUACCGAACUAGUGAAUCGUAGUUUAAAAAGUUGGAGUGAGAAGGCAUUGAAAAGGCAUUCUCUCACAGUAACAUGGAAUCGUGAAGUAGUAGAUCUUAUUGUUGAUGGAUAUGAUGUGUAUUAUGGAGCAAGAUCAAUUAAUUACGAGAUUGAACGUAGGAUAAUAAGCCUUCUCGCUUUAGCUGAUGAACAAGGACAUCUAAAUCCUGGCAGUCGUGUCAAUAUCAGUGUUAGUCAUAAAAGCGUUAAAGACGAAGCUUGGUCAUCGAAAAAAUCAAAUGAAAACUUGGAUCCAACAAUAUCUUCCCCACCGCGUAUAGUACUUAAUGUUACAGAUGCAAAAGGCAAAGUGAAUAAAGUUCUUGAUUUGACGCAGACCACUAUUUCGUGGGCAUGAGUUUAUAUAUAUAUAUAUAUAUAUAUAU